CUGUAUAACUUUUCAGAUACUGUCACUCGUGCCAUCUCAAUGCACCUCCGAGAGCAUACCACUGCCCCGGUCAGUCUUUUUUUCCAUUGUUUUCAGUUGUAUGUACCACCUUUGAUAACUAAGAAUGUUCUAGUUUGCGAUAUUUGUUGUUUUCGCCGAGACCACCACUGUUCCUUUGGUGGAGUUUGCGUAGGGCACUUUAAUCAAAGUUAUACUUGGGAUUUCGCAUGGUCGCGAAUGGACGGAGGUUUCUCAUUGAGUCGUUCAUGGCAGUUAUUUUUGCCCCAUAUAGCUCUCAUGGCCAGACUAAUCUCAGUGCAUCAGUUUUUCUGCAUAAUUUUCUGUGCUUCCACAUUUACGGUUCUUCUAUUCGUGGCUUACCUUCUUUCUGCACAAGUGUUUUGCCUUUGGAAUGGGCAAACGAGGAUGGAAUAUUUGCUGGAAAUCCACGCGUAUCAACUUGGUCUGCUCGACAAUCUUCGCCAGUACCUUGGAACUCGUUGGCCUCUGAUUUUCAUCACCCCUUUCAUCCCUAGCCCCCUUCCAUCAGAUGGAAUGUCUUUCGUGACGAGGGAGAUCAAAGAAUUGAACGAUCCCAAAUAUCUCUAG